UGAAGUAGCAAUCAAAGAAAUCCAAAGCAGUAAGGACGAGGUGUACUAUAGACAUUUCUGGCCAUGUACUGGCUAGCAAAAGAAGAGAUGCCUAAUAAGAAGUUCACUAGUCUGCUGUCAGUGCUUGAGCAACUAGGUCUCGACAACAUCAAGUACUUUCAACACCGCUCUGCAGGAUCAGUCCGAGAAAUGUUCCUCCUUAUUGGCAGCGUAUUGAAAGAGCAGCUCACGACUAACUUGUCUCUCGCAAACUGCUUUGGAAUUCUCUCUGACGAGGUAUGCGAUGUUUCCAACAUAGAGCAGCUGGUAACAUUUGUAAAAUAUGUUGACCCCAAUAGUGGCAAAGCUCACACGACAUUUCUGGCCGCCAGCGACCUGUUAGAGAGUUCUACAACAGGAUCACCAGACGCCAAGUCCAUCACAGAGGCCAUUAUUUCCCAAGUCACAGAUGCUGGUCUGAAAAUGGAAAAUGUGUCAAGUUUCUCAAGCGAUGGGGCAUCCGUGAUGACAGGCCGAAGAUCCGGAGUAGCAACAAGGUUGAAAGCGGAUAACAAGGCCAUGCUUAACAUCCAUUGCAUCUGUCACCGUUUGGCCCUUGCGUGCGGAGACGCCAACGACACAGUAGAUUACAUCAAACAAGUGGAGCGUAUCCUUAUUCAACUGUGGUCUUUCUUCGAUAACUCAGCGAAGAAAACGGCGGCGUACGCGAAAUCCGUACUUGAAGUCAAGAAGAUAAAUGUCAGCGCGAAAGGCAAGAAACAAAUUGGAAAGCGGUUCAAAAAAGCCUGCAGGACAAGAUGGCUUUCAACGGAGAAGGCUAUCGAAGGGGUCUUUGAAGAUUACGAAGCAUUACUUCAGACCCUUAGAUUCUUCAAAGAGAGCAACGAUAAAACAGCAACUGGCCUUUUGAAGCAAACUUCGAAGUUGAAAUUUAUAGGAACUGUGUAUUUAUUGCAUGAGGUCCUUCCUAUCCUCGGGCAUCUGAGUAAGGCCUUCCAAGAGGGUGAAGUGUGUUUUGCUUCAAUCGCACCAGCCAUCGACUACACCAUGGAUCAGCUAGAUGAUGUCGCUAAGAACCAAACACACUUAGCCAGAAUGACGGAAGAUCUGAUCGAGGGAGGGAGACUUUCAAGGUGCGACCUGCCAGAUUUCACACCGGAGAAGAAGAGCAUGCUGCAAAGCCUAACAAGGCAAUAUGUCCAGGCACUGAAAGACAGCAUCGUGAACAGGUUUUCUGGCAACCUAGAAGUCCUGACAGCCUUCAAAAUCUUUGACCCAUGCGCCGUCCCAGAGAAGACAGAUCCUGGCUUUAAGGAGUACGGGAAGAAAGAAGCAAUAGUAUUGGCCGACUUCUUUUACAAUGGAAGCAACGACCAGGCUGAAAAGAAGGACGAGUUACUGGCGGAGUGGACCAAGAUCAAAUACAACAUCUUGAGUUUAAAGAGCGAAGUCCCCCCAGACGUCAGACGUCCUUCAAAGAAGCUGACCAACCGGAAGACCCCGACAGAAUGGCUGCUUGAGCACAUGAUGGCCAUGAAAGCCACCUACCAACACAUGUGUCCAUGCCUCCUACAAAUAGUAGAGAUAUGCCUUUCUCUGCCCGUUAGCAAUGCUUGGCCAGAGCGAGGUGCCUCUGCUAUCAAGCGUCUCAAGACUAGCCUCCGAUCGUCAAUGAAAAACGACAUGCUCCAGGCCCUCAUGCACGUAACCAUCAAUGGCCCUAGUACAAGUGAGUGCAAGCCUAUCAUAGAAGAGGUGACAAGGCAGUGGUUGGCCAAGCCCAGGCGCAAAUUGGCAAAUCCUCCAUCAAAGGAUCAUCAACUGCACAAACCCACAACAACAGAUGCAGGCACUCAAGUCGACCCAAUCCCCAUGGACAUCACAGACAUCGAGCAUGUGUGGGAGACUGCCAGGGCGCUAGAGGCGGAUGUGGUUGCACUGGAGGAAGAAAUGGAGGCAACCGCAGCGCUUUUGAAGCUCCCUCCUGAUGAUCUGUUUGGCGAUUACUCAGACAGUGACUUUGAAUACAGCGACUCUGAAUGUGUCUGAUGCUUUUGACAACAGUUCAGUGAUCAUUAUUAAUUUACAGUCAGGUGUUGUGCCAUGAGUUGUUGUUCAAAACACAGCUGGAUCUUGACGUUGUUAUUUCAGAUAGUACAAUAGUGACAAAAUUUCACUCAGUGAGCUUUUGUACCGAGGUUGUAAAAAGCACAGCUGUAUCUUGCGUAUUCCGGUAAAAUUUGGAUACAUUAUUAUUUCAUUAGUCAGGUGAUGUGCCGUGAGUUGUUGUAUAAAACACAGCUGGAUCUUGGCGUUGUUAUUUCAGAUACAAUUUCAUUUCAGAUAGUACAAUAGUGACAAAUUUUUGACAUCAAUCUUGAUAUUAGCAAUAAUGAUACCUUGUGUCCCGGGGUUGUAAAAGACAUCAGUUGAGUCAGAAAAUACUAAAGCUAUGGAA